AAACAACUUAUUGGAACUGGGAAUGUAACAACUCGGUCAUUCUGCCUUUUUCGAUGUCAUGAAAUUUGGACGUUUUCACGUUUUUAUUUUAUUUUUAUUUGUACCUAGUCAAGAAGCAUUUGCCUCAGUGAACCAGAAGAUAACGCUCACGCAACCGACCGUAAUUCUGAUUUCUUUCGACGGAUUCCGUUGGGACUACCUUGACAAAGUUCCAACUCCGAAUUUCGAUUCCAUCGUACGAAAUGGAGUAAAGGCUAAACACAUUAUUAAUACUUUUGUCACUAAGACAUUUCCUAAUCAUUAUACGAUUGUGACAGGGUUGUACGAAGAGAGCCAUGGAAUCCUCGGGAAUAACAUGUACGAUCCUGUUUUCAACGAAACCUUUCAUAUUGGUUCGCCUUCUUUCUUGGAUAUCAAAUGGUGGAAUGGCGAACCUGUUUGGAUAACGAAUCAGAAGGCCUUUAAAAAAAGCGCCGUUGUUUUCUGGCCAGGUUCGGAAGUAAAAGGGCAAACGCCUACACAUUUUUUAAAGUACAACAACAAACUUCCUUUCAAGAAAAGAGUGCAGUACCUGCUCGAUCAACUAGAAGGAAAUGACCCUCCUAGUUUUCUCGCUGCUUAUUUUAACGAGCCAGACCAUACUGGCCAUCAAGUUGGCCCAAAUUCACCAGAGCUCCAUAAAGUUAUACGCAGGGUAGACAACGUUACUGGAUAUCUAUUGAAAAGUUUGCAAAAUCGAGGUUUGUUGGAUCAGGUCAACUUGAUUAUCACCAGUGAUCAUGGAAUGGCCGAACUGAACAGUUCUCGCAUCAUUGAAUUAGACAAGUUUUUACCAUCUGACUGGUACACUCUUGUGGCCUGGCCUGGAAAAUCAGUCCGACCAAAGGAUGUUUAUUUCCAUGUUUUACCCAAGGAUGGCAUGUUAGACAAGACGUACAAAAAGCUCAAAGUUAUUCCACAUCUUAAUGUUUACCUCAAGAAAGAAAUUCCGGAAGAGUUCCAUUACAAACACAACAGACGGGUCAUGCCAAUUUUUAUUGUUGCGGAUGAUCAGUGGAUAAUUACCAGGUCCAUAUCAGAAAUAAAUACUCAUGGAAACCAUGGUUACAGUAACAAGUAUUCAGACAUGCAUCCUUUUUUCCUUGCUCAAGGACCUGCAUUCAAAUCAAACUUUAUCUCUGAACCCUUUGAAAAUGUUCACAUUUAUCCCCUAAUGUGCCACAUACUUGGAAUUGAGCCUUCAUCAAACAAUGGCUCCUUAUUAGCAGUUAAGCAGCUCCUGAAAAUAACUCCACAAGAAGUUAAACAGGAUGUCACAGCACUUAUUGUACUUUCUGUAAUUUCAUUUGUUGUUUUUCUGCUGAUGAGUUAUGGCAUUGUCUCUUUUUGUGUCAAAAAUCAUUGCAGAAUGCGGCAAUAUGGACAUAUCUAUGAUUUGGGAAUAUCAGACUUUGAUCUUUGAGUAGGCAAAUAAUAGAUUUAUUGUAUCUACCAGUUAGUAGGUGCACUAUUUUUGGUCA